AUGCCGGUGCCCAUGGCUGCUGCACCUAUCAUGUCACCAGCACCGUCUCUGCCACCUCCUGUAUAUGCUCAACCCAUGCCACAACCCUUCAUGGAUCCAGCAAUUAUCAGUUUAACUGGUCCUCCCUCGGUAGGUCAUGCGAUACCAGUUUCUUCUGGUCAGAGUACGACAUCGUCAACAAAACCACUUGUUUAUGACGACGAUAGUUCUGAUGAAAGUUCUGUGGAUGAAGUACCAUAUUCAGCUAACAGAAACUUUACACCCCCUGUAAAGGCCAAAAAGGGUCAAAAGAAGGGUAGAGAGGAUAGACAGAAUCAAACUAGUUCUAAAUCUUCGAGAAAUGGGAAUAGCAGAAAGAACAAAUUUGUUAAUUACUCAAACUCGGCUGCUGAAUCAGAUGGUUGGGCUACUGAGAACGCUACUAAUAUCAAAGAUACCGAGUUUGAUUUCCAGGCUAACUUGGAUCUGUUUGAUAAGGCAUCAGUCUUCAAUGAAAUCCGGGAAAAUGAUAGCAUUGACCCGGGUCACCGUUUAGUUGCUUUCAACAAACGUGCUCCACAGGUGACCAAGCCACAUCAUCAAGAGAAAUACGGAAAUUUGGAAAUGGUGAUCCAAAGUGAUACCAAUUGGAUAGAGAAUGAAAACAAUGACGAUGAUGACGACGAUGACAGUAAUAAUAGAGGACGUGUUGCCGCAAAUGGUAAGGGGAAUGUUAAGGGAAGUGGUAAUGCAUCUAGUAGCGGGGUGAGUCCUGGGUUCCCAUCAUCUAUACCUCGCCACAUUCAAAGAGGUAUGUCCAACAUGUCUAUAUCCGACACCCCAUCUAGCUCGUCUAUUCAACAGCUACGGAAAGCAUCAACAUCGGCUGCCCCGAAUAGAAAGUCGUUUAUUGCUGCCAACACUCUCAAACAAUGCCCAUGCGCUUCUCCAGUACAAAUGGUCCAGCUCGAGCGGAUUUGCUCAGAAACUUUUGGCAUUUCUCAUCAGGUUAUGAACGAGAAUGCUGGUAGAGGCAUUGCGCAGCUAGCUAUCAAAGCCCUGGGAGGGGUGUCGAGAUUUAACUUUAAGAACCACAACUCGCGACCGUUGAUUGUCAUACUAGCUGGUUGUAAUGAAUCCGGAGCUAGAGCAUUAGUAGCUGGUCGACAUUUGGCCAAUCGACAAGUACAAGUUGUGGCGGCCGUUCCUACUGGUUCCUCAACAUCGAAAUCGCUAGACGAAGACCCAACCGCCAGCAUAAUGGCUGCAUCAAUCAAAGCAUUUGAGUCUACAGGUGGUAAAGUUGUCAGUCGUCUCGACCAACUCACCCCGUUAAUCAAUAGUUUUGAGUCACCCGUUGAGCUUAUUAUUGACGGGUUACAAGGCUAUCAAUCCAGCUUUGAAGACAUGUGGGAAGAAGAGGCUGUGACUACUGCGCUUUCUCUUAUAGAGUGGGCAAACCGACACAAGGCGUCUGUCAUGUCUCUCGACAUUCCAUCCGGCCUCGACUCAUCCACUGGAUUGCCCACUAACGACAGCCAAUUUAUCAAGUCUAAAUGGGUCAUUUCACAUGGUUUCCCACUAACUGGCACACUAAAUGCUAACCUGGCGGAAAUUGUAUCUCCCGAAGAGUGGACUUGUUAUAUCGUCGAUGUGGGCUUCCCCAAGGCUGCACUACGAGCUGCUGGAAUGCGUCGUUUUGAGAAGCUUUGGUUCGGCUCUGAGUGGUCUGUAGAACUGACACUUAUCGACAAUUAA